GCCUAGAGCCUCGGCUUGAGGCUAUACCGUAGGCGCGCAGGCACGAUUACACACAGGUUAGCAUGCAAUGUACUAGCUAGGUUAGUCCAGAGGGGUCGCGGUCCGGGGAAGGGAAGUAAAACCCCGGAGCUUCAAUGCGGCCUCCCUUGUGCACCCUGUAGGCUGUAGCCAGAGUUACAGUGAGCUUUCGUGUCGUAUGUCAAGAACGCCAUGCCUUGUCUACCCAUCUCUUGAUCGGACCCGGUCUUCAGAGUUCUGUAUACCACCGGCAUAUAUCUGGAGACUCGUCUAACAGGCCGAGCCAGUUGCGCCUCACAUCGAGUUAUCUACCACUGCUGUUACAGCGACACAGAUGGAGUUUCCAAUCCAGGCUCACGCAUCUAUCUAGGCCGGCCGACGUCGAAAACAGCGGCCAGUAUGGCAAAGACGAGCGACCCGAUGCGCGACUCGGCGCCCGAUCUCCAGAUCCUGGGUGACCAGAUUACCCUGCAGCCGCGAAGCUAUGUCGGCCCAGCGCGGAAGGGUCAAGGAAAAGAGGAGGCUCUCAUGGAACACAUGGCAAGGUUCCGUUCUGAACCACUACAGUUCCUUCGUGAAGUCUCCCUCUACGUAUCCGGUCAGGGAUGGCGCGCCUACGAUAACGUCAUUGGCCGAUCCAUCUUCUACUCUGGCUUCUCCGAGCAGAUGAAGAACUCGGUCGUAUCGGCGCCAUUGCUGCAGACUCGGAUAUCCCAACUUGCCGACAUGCGCAUCCAGGUGGAGGAGAAGGAAGGAUGGAUCAAGCAAGGCGACCCCAAGUAUACCAUCAAGAAGGCACAAAGGCGAUCCGAAAUCGAGCACGGCCUUCAGCAAGUCACCGAAAGACUCACAAACGACAUGAUUUGCAAGUUCGAAAGCAAGACAUUCAUCAGAGGAGCGUACUACCUCUGUACUCAGCUGUUGACCCGCGCAUACCACCAAGGCAUUCACGUCAACAGCGAAGAAGUUGUUCGACUGAGGAAGGUCGCCGAGGUCGCCGCGGCCAAGAAGCAGAGUAUAAUCUUCUUACCAAGCCACCGCUCACACGUCGACUAUGUUUCUAUGCAGCUCAUUUGUUAUCGUCUGGGACUUACCCUACCUGUCGUGGUAGCUGGUGACAACUUGAACUUUCCCGUAGUGGGCAGUUUUUUACAGCAUGCCGGAGCAAUGUGGAUUAGGCGAUCAUUUGGAAACGAUGUCCUAUACCAGACGGCUGUUCAAGCGUAUAUCGACACGUUGUUGCAGGGUGGGUACAAUUUCGAGUGUUUCAUCGAGGGCGGGCGAUCGCGGACUGGAAAGCUGCUAUCGCCCAAGUUUGGUAUUCUCAGUUUCGUCUUGGACAGCAUCCUGUCUGGCAGGGUAGAAGACGCAGUCAUCUGUCCCGUCAGCACGCAAUACGACAAGGUCAUUGAGACCGAAGGCUACGUGACCGAGCUCCUGGGCGUUCCCAAGAAGAAAGAGAACCUGCAGGAUUUCUUGGCGGGAGGGUCCUCCGUCUUAUCAUUGCGGCUUGGUCGGGUAGAUGUCCGCUUCUGUGAGCCGUGGAGUCUUCGUGGCUACAUUGACAGUCUAUUGACGAAAAUACCCCGCGUGCCAAAUGAUCUUACCGCAAAAACACCAGAAUCGGCUGCAGUACGACAAAAGCUACUGCGGACAAUGGGCUACAAGGUGCUCUCGGACAUCAACGAUGUAUCGGUGGUGAUGCCAACAGCACUAAUUGGAACGGUACUACUCACACUCCGCGGCCGCGGCGUCGGCAAGGCGGAACUGAUGCGUCGAAUCGAGUGGCUCAUCAACCGCGUCACAGCCAAAGGUGGCCGGGUUGCACACUUUGAAAACGCACGCUUAGCUGAUGUCGUGGAACGUGGGCUUGAUGUCCUAGGAAAGGACUUAGUGGGCGUUGUCGGCGGACUUGCUGAACCGACAUACUAUGCCGUCGAUCGGUUUCAGCUGUCCUUCUACCGAAACAUGACGAUACAUCUGUUCAUCUCCGAGGCUCUAGUUAGCGCUGGUAUGUAUACUCGGGUGAAGCAGGGAGGUGGGCCUGCGAACCAAGAGAUUCCUUAUGCCGAGUUACGUGAUCAAGUCUUGUUUCUAUCGUCUCUGUUCAGAGGCGAGUUCAUAUUCCCUAGCGACGGUCUUGCGGUAAACUUGGAGAAAACAUUGGUUGGCUUAGAAAAUGAUAAAGUGAUCAGCCUCAAACGCGACAGUCAUGGCCAAAUAACUAGCGUCGGUGUUGCGGAAGAAGAACGACUCGCUGGCAGGGAGAACUACGACUUUUAUUGCUUCUUGAUCUGGCCAUUCAUCGAGGCCAGUUGGCUCGCGGCUGUAUCGUUGAUGGGCCUUGCACCCCCUGUCGGCGUUGAAAAAGACGAUGUCUGGAUUGGGGUUGCUAAGGCGCAGAACAGUGCUCAGUUGCUGGGCAAAACACUCUACCACCAAGGCGACUUAUCUUAUUUCGAAGCCGUAAACAAGGAAACACUUCAGAAUUCAUAUCAGCGUUUCGAGGAAGAAGGCAUUAUUUAUGCAGUCAAGUCGAAGGAUGCCAAAACCCCUCCUCGUCUGCGGCUUGCGUCCGACUGGAUGCCAAGUCGCGACCCAGAAACUGGAAACGUGCUUGCUGAGGGCCGGCUAUGGGACUUCGCAGGCCGUAUUGCGAGUUCGAGGAGAGAAGGCAAGAACCGCAGAGACGGUGCAACCGUCAUCACGCGGGUCGUCAUGCUUUCGGAUAUGCUCGGCAGGAAAUUGUUUGAGGAAGCCGUUGACCAAAUGGGCAAGAGCGCGAUGAGGUUGAGUGUAGAUGAUGCUUUGAAGCUCAAGAAAGAUGUCAAAGCAGAUAGACGCAGAAGGAAAUUGGAAGGGAGGGCAAAUUUGUAAGAACAUAUAUCAAUACAUGAGAUCAUAGUCUUCGACUUACUACGGAUUGAACGGUAGCAAAGCAU